GGCGAUCCUAUUAAUUUUUAUAUUUUUAAUCUUUUCCGUCUUUACAAUCCCUCGGAAGAAGAAAAUGGCCUAUCCAGCCACAAACAUUUAUUCAGUCGCUAACCCAUCCUCUUCAACAUUCCUUACCAUUACACCCCUGAAAACCCGUUCCAAAAGGCCCCUCCCAUUCUGGCAAAUUUUCCAAAACCCCCCUCGCCCUUCCAUAUAUAUAACAAAGGCACAACUACAGUCCUCCCAAUCUCUCAUUACCACAGCCCCCUCUCUGACCCCGCCAAUUUCCCGUUUUGCCCCUGACCAGCCGCGAAAAGGCGCAGAUGUCCUCGUCGAGGCGUUGGAGCGGGCUGACGUGUCGGUCGUCUUCACCUACCCUGGCGAGGCGUCGAUGGAGAUCCAUCAGGCCCUCACUCGAUCGUCGUCGAUCAGCAAUGUCUUCUGCCAGGGCGAGGUUUUCGCCGCUGAGGGUUAUGCCCGGGCGUCAGGCCGGCCUGGCGUCUGCAUCGCGACGUCGAGCCCUGGUGCCGCGAACCUCGUCAACGGCCUCGCGGACGCGCUCCUUGAUAGCGUUCCCCUUGUUGUGAUCACCGGGCAGGUUCCCCGCCGCAUGGUCGGGACUGAUGCCUUCAAGGAAACCCCAAUUGUCGAGGUAACCCGCUCCAUCACCAAGCAUAAUUAUCUUGUUCUUGAUGUAGAGGACAUCCCACGCAUCGCCGAGGAGGCGUUCUUCCUCGCCUUGUCGGGCCGCCCGGGCCCUGUCCUGAUUGAUGUCCCUAAGGACAUACAGCAGCAGCUUGUUGUGCCCGACUGGGACCGCCCCAUGCAGUUGCAGGGGUAUGCCUCUUGCCUCCCACUGCCCCCCGAGGUGACCAAGCUGGAGCAGAUCCUAUGGUUGGUAUCUGAAUCGAAGAAGCCAGUCCUGUACGUUGGCGGUGGUUGCCUGAAUUCUAGUGAGGAGCUACGUUGGUUCGUGGAGCUCACGGGCAUCCCAGUCGUGAGCACCCUGAUGGGCCUCGGCACUUACCCGAUGGCUGAUGAUCUCUCGCUGCGGAUGUCGGUUUACGUGAACUACGCCAUCGAUAAAUCCGACCUUCUCCUCGCAUUUGGUGUCUGUUUUGAUGAUCGGGUCACUAGGAAAUUGGAGAAGUUUGCCAGUAAUGCCAAGAUUGUGCACAUUGACAUUGAUCCGUCAAAGAUUGGGAAGAACAAGCAGCCGCAUGUAUCGAUCGGUGCUGACCUGAAAAUGUGUUUGGAGGGGUUGAAUGCAUUGCUGGAGGAGAAAAGAGAUGCUCGAAAGCUUGAUCUUGAUUUUUCUGCUUGGAGGGAGGAACUCACAAAACAGAAGAAGAAAUUCCCUUUGAGUUAUAAGUGCGUUGGAGAUGCCAUUCCUCCUCAAUAUGCGAUCCAAGUGCUUGACGAAUUGACAAACUCGGAUGCGAUCAUAACCACUGGUGUUGGGCAGCACCAAAUGUGGGCUGCGCAGUGGUACAACUACAAGCGCCCACGCCAGUGCGCCACAUCAAGUGGUUUGGGCGCAAUGGGGUUUGGGCUUCCGGCUGCAAUCGGUGCAGCCCAUGCCUCACCUGGGACAACCGUGGUGGAUAUUGAUGGUGAUGGAAGCUUCCUCAUGAACGUUCAGGAGUUGGCGACGAUCCGUGUGGAGGAUCUCGAUGUGAAGGUUAUGAUUUUGAAUAACCAGCAUUUGGAUAUGGUUGUGCAGUGGGAAGAUCAGUUCUACAAGGCAAACCGGGGCCAUAUGUAUUUGGGGAACCCCGCAAAGGAGAAUGAGAUAUUCCCAAAUUUCCUGAUGUUUGCAGAGUGGUGUGGCAUACCUGCGGCCUGCGUGACAAAGAAGAGUGAGGUGAGGGAUGCGAUCCGAAAGAUGUUGGAGACGCCUGGGCCGUACUUAUUGGAUGUUAUUGUGCCUCACCAGGAACAUGUCUUGCCAAUGAUUCCCAGGGGUGGCACUUUCAGGGAUGUGAUCACUGAGGAUGAUGGGAGAACAACAUAUAGAUCUUCUGAUGCAGAAUAUUGACCUUCAGGAACAUAUGAUUCUGGGAAGGUGGACAUUGUCAGGAAUGCAGGGAAGGAAACUUCUGCGAAAUUGAUCGGGAUCUGCAUCAACAUAUGCUUGCAUCGUUGAAAAUGGUACUUCAUCGCGCUACAGACGUUUAAGAAGGCUUUUUCGGCAGUUUUGUUGAUACUUUGCCUGCCUUGCAUAUCUUAUCGAGCUACACAGUUCACAACUUGUGGGUUAGGAUCAUUUUUCAUUCGGGUUUGAAUU